AUGAAGUUGAAGCACUUGAGCUUAGCUCGAAGCCUCCAAUUGCUUGCAGCCGUCCCUUUGGUGUUACUUCUACUAUUCUAUCGCUGGCACCGCAGCGCGGCCAUCCCCAUCGCCACCAUCUGCCCGAAUCAUCAGUAUACAGUGGAGAUUGUUUCACAGAGCCCUUUGGUUAUAUACAUCAAUAACUUCCUCUCGCAAAAGGAGGUGUCGUGGCUCUUAGAAGAAGGGCAGUCACGCUAUAAACGAAUGUUGACAUACCAAGGCAACUCCCUCACCGACGAUGCCAUACCCGACGAAAGAAAAACAUCCAGUUCUGCCUAUCUCUCUAAAUCCGACCCUGUAGUCGCAUGUAUCGGCCAACGGGCGCUUGAUUUCCACGGCGGAACACAGCGAGUCCUAGGUGACUAUGGAAACCCACAGCUAGUGAAAUAUGAGCCGGGGCAGAAGAAUGAUCUCCAUUUCGACUGGUGGAUGGUGCCUCAAAAUCGGUCCGGUCGUUUAUAUAAUCGGCGGACUACUAUUCUGGCCUAUCUGGAUGACAAUUGCACUCGAGGGGAAACCUACUUCCCGCUCAUCAAUGGUAUGAACGAUUCGUGCACGGAAUGUCAGAGAGCUGGGCAAAAGGGCCGGUUUUGGACAGGUGAAAAUGGGUUGGGGCUGUUGUUCCCUCCACGGCGCGGCAAUGCUAUCUUCUGGGUUAAUCUGGGUUCUGAUGGGACUGGGGAUGAACGUACUCUACAUGCUGCUCUUCCUGUUGCUGAGGGCAGCAAAGUAGCGAUGAACUUUUGGCCACCUCAGUAUUUUUAA